AUUGGAAAUAAUCCAAACACACUCCGAACUAGUAUAUCUGAUCGAUUCAUCACUUCUAACCACAACUUAAAAAGUGUGGAGGCCACGAUGGUUUCAUUCGUGCAUAGCCGCCCAUUGCCACGGAGGCUAGCGAGCGUUUUUUUUUAUCAUUUCUGGUCCCAGUCUGGCCGAAACUACGACCAGAUCAAAUAAGAUCAGUGUGUAGGUUUUUUGGUAAAAGAACACGCACGCCGCAUUCACACAACACUCACUCGCGCUUUCAAAUGCAGUCAAGAACACGCACACAACACUCGUACAUAAGCCUUUCAUACUGUGUCCAACACACGCUUGCGGGUUGGAAUAUAAACCUCAAGCUGCGUUGCAUUCUGGGAAAGCGCCACAAGCAGUUGGUAAAGGUCAGUGAAGUGCUGCCCUCUUGUGGCAGAAUAGUAUUAUGCUACUGCAUCACGACUGGGUCUGUGACCAUGGAGAUAUGUAAACAACAGUCCGGACUAGGCGCUUAAUGGCUAAAAUAACGUAGUCAGGGGGUUUCUCUGCCCGAGCUGAGAAGUUACUAAGGUUUGAAGGCCUACUACCAUAUGAUGUGGGGAUGGCUGACAGAGUGACUGUGCCAGCUCAUCAAUGACGUGUGUGCACGGUGAAAGCCAAGGUACUUCCAGAGACAUGCACACACGCUGCUGAGUUGUUCUCACUCUCUUCGAAGCCACAGCCAAGUCGAGGGACUUCAAGACAUAUUGGCAAUGUCGAAGAAAACAGCAUAUGGACAUCACAAAAAAGACACCUCGUUGGGCCAUCCACAAACACUCAGUCAAUCCCCAUUGUACAGCAGCAAUGAUCAGCCCAGAAAACUGAACAGUUUUUCUGCGGAGACGCCCACCUACCAGAACCUGCACCGGGAGCUGCUUCUUACUCAUAAAAGGGGCCUGAUUCUGGAGGAGAAGCCUGAAUUGAAGCGAGUGCUGGAGCAACGCCGACUGGAGCUGCACAGGGAGCAGGAGAUGGCUCAACGGCAGCCGUCGGACCUGGAGACGGAGCUCCGCAAGAGGCAGCAGAAGCUAAAAGAGUAUGAGCAGGAGGAGAUCAGGCAGAAAGAGAGCAAGCAGAAGAUACCAGAGUUUGUUCGCGUGAAGGACAACCUGAGACGCACACAGAUGUCCGAGCAGUGAGGGCCAGAAAAACCUGCAACAACCUUCUUCCUGCAUGUGUCACACCCGUCGUUACAUGUCAUUGUUUUUGUUUGUACCUACUGUGUGUUUAAGGACUCACCCGCACCAGAAAACACAUUCUAGUGUUAUUCACUCUUCUGUUUGUGUUGAUUAUGGAGGUCAGGUAAAGUUAUCGCAACAUUUAAGUGUUUUUUUUAAAUAUAUUUUUUACUGUCAUGAUGUUAUUUAUUGUUUUAAUCAUCUGUUUUGUUUUUUUCUUUUGUUCAGUGGCAGAGCCCUGCCUGUCCUGUGAGACAUUUCCAGGAGGUUUUGUGUCAGCGUGUCUGAACAAAACAAUGCACAUCCCUCAGUGUUACAAAUUGAAUUGUUUCUGUCUGGACUUUUGGUUUGUUUUACGUGUCCCAGAGUGCAGUGGAAAUAAAGC